GACGCGAACCUCGAACCCAAACAGUCCAGUCCAGUCGUUGGGCCCGGCACGGCGCGGCGCGACACCGCGGGAGCGCGCGCGACAUCGACCGGGAGGUGCGCGAUACGAACGAGACGCGUUGCGGGGCGAUCGACACCCGCGCGCACGCCUCUGGAGCAAAACUCAAAGUGAAAGUGCCGAGCGGCGCGGCCCCCCGCGCGCAUUCCAGCGGACCGCGCGAGCGAGACGGGACGGGGUCGCCAAGUCUGGGCCCCCGCGCGGUGCGCUGUAGUAGCGCGGUCCGUGACCAGCAGCGUUUGCAUGUGACGGUGACGUGCCAGUCGUCGAGGGAGCGUCGUCGGCCAUGUGACGAGGAGCCAUGUCAGGCGUAUGCGCGUGGAGCCGACGCCGAUGCUGAUGAGCUCAGAGCCCGGGCAGUAGUCUGGCCGGUGGUGGCCGACAGGCGGUCGCGAGCCUGGACGCAGGCAUGACGCCGCGAGACCAGGCGGCGCAGCGCGCUCCGAGCGCUCCCGCGCUGGAGGCCAUGGAGGCCAUGGAGAAGGCGCGGAGCUGCGACGUGCGGCUGCAGAUCGACUUCUCCAUCAGCUACGUCGCCCCGUCUAGGCGCCAGGGGUGCGUCACAAAGGAGAUCCUAACGGACGUGCGCGGUAGCCUCCGCCCGGGGCGUCUGACCGCCAUCCUGGGGCCGUCCGGGGCCGGCAAGACGUCGUGCCUCAGCAUCCUCGCGGGUCUCAGGGCGAGGGGCGUGCGCGGGCGGGUGCUGGUGAACGGCCGCGAGGAGAGCCCCUCCGCGUACCGCCAGCACUGCGUGCUCAUCGCGCAGGACCUGGCGCAGCUGCAGGCGCUCACCGCCGGGGAGACGCUGCGCAUCGCCGCCGACCUCAAGCUGCCCGCGAGCAAGUACUCGAGGGCAGAUCGCCAGGCUGUGGUGGCCAACAUCGCCGGCGUCCUGGGCCUGGAGGCCUGCCUGGACACGACCGUGGCCCACAUGUCCGGAGGCGAGAGGAAGCGACUGUCCAUCGGCGUGGAGCUCGUCACCAACCCGCCCGUCAUGCUGUUCGACGAGCCUACCAGUGGCCUGGACUCGGUGUCGUCCGUGCAGGUGGUGUCGCACCUGCGCACGCUGGCGCUGGCGGGCCGCACCGUGGCCGUGGUGCUGCACCAGCCGUCCAGCCGCAUGUUCCAGCUGUUCGACGACCUCCUCGUGCUCAGCCCGGGCCGCUCCGUGUACUGCGGGCCCGCCGACCAGGCGGCGGAGGUCUUCGGCGCGGCGGGCUUCACCUGCCCGACGUUCUACAACAUCGCCGACUUCGUGGUUGAGGUGGCGAGCGGCGAGCACGGGCAGGAUCUGGGUAGGCUGUUCGACGCGCUGCCGCGCCUACCCUGUGUUGCCCCGGAGGAGGACGCCGCGGCCUCCGAGGCGGACUCCAUGCUGCGCCGGGAUGACUUAGUGCUGGACGUGGAGGCUCGUCGUCACACAGUGCCCGCCAUCGCCGCGGAUAGGUCCUACCCAGUGUCCUUCUGGGUGCAGUUCUCCGUGUUGUUGAAGCGCUCGCUCAUCGUUUCCUGGAGAGACAUGAACAUGGCCUGGUUGAGAUUCGCCGCCCACCUCCUCGUCGCACUGAUCCUGGGCUUCAUGUACAAGAACAUUGGAGACGAUGCGUCCAAAAUCAAUGGAAACCUGGCUUGCCUCUUCUUCUUUGUGCUGUUCCUGUUCUUCUCCAACGCGAUGCCCACAGUGUUAACAUUUCCCCUCGAAGCAGCAGUCUUUUUUCGGGAGUACGCCAACAACUGGUAUUCCCUGACGGCGUACUACCUGGCGAAAGUGCUAGCCGAUCUACCGUUCAUG